UGCCGCGCGAAACGGCGAACUCGACGCGGGCCUGGCUCUAAACAGGGGCUCAUUUAACAGCUUUAACAAAAUAAAAAUAGGAGAUUAAUUCUGAGAUACUGUCGCGUUGCAGCUCCUAACGUUGCAACAAAAACAUAAAAUCGUCAUCUAAAUUAUUAUUUUCUAUUCUAAACGUUGAGCUCACGUGUUAUAAAACCUCAAAUAUCAUGAUGCGUUAAUAUAUAAAGGGGUUAUGGCAUAUAUUAAUAACCGAAUAAAAAACUCAAUUUUGACAUUGCGAUUAUUAUAACGAUCGUCAUUUUGACAUAUUGUUAUAAUGCAUGCACACACUUGAAUGCUGAAACAAUGUAGCGAUGAAAAUGCUUCGUAGGACAGCUGACCCGUUUAUAGCUUUCUUUUUUGUAUCUUUAAAAAUAUUAAUGAUGGUUUGUCCAUCCUGAAAUACUAACAAACAUUUUGUCUUCGAUCCAACCCAUGUAGAACUUAAAGUCUUUCUUGAGUAGAAACGUCACAGCUGUCAAUUUUUCCGAGUGAGCAAUUCUUGAUUGUGACAGGUAAAAGUUUUAGAUAAUUCAUGAUGAGUAUCAUCUCGACCGCACAGUAGAUUAAUCCCAACUAUAUGUUUCAUUAACUAAAAUCUCAUAAAAAGUGAGCUGAAGUAUGGUGCAACAAUUGCAUCAAUGAUGUUGAGGAGAAUCAAUGAAUAAUUGCUUCGAUAUUGAAGGAAUAAACAUUAAUUGUGCUCGCAAAAUAGUAAGGGCUCUUCUCGGCAAACUCUCAACGAAUGCGCGUUUAAUCCCAAAACUCGUGCGUGAAUUUUGAGUGUCCUAGAUAAAAUAGAUACGAAAAAAUGUUUGAUGUUCCCAAACCGUUUUGCGCGUAAUCCCCAUCGUCGUAUUAUGAUAUCACAAAAAUUGUUAACCCACGAACAAAAAAAAACUAAUCGAAAUCACAGAAUGGAAGAGUGCAAAUAUUGCGAAAAUAAUGUAUUCAGCAGAUAUUACAAGGAUAUCGAGAAAAUAAAAGUGACGCGUCGGUGUGGUCAUGAGAUCUUAUUUAGCAAAGACUUGACCGGAACGACGGGUUUGUUAGUUGUGUGAGGUAUUACUCCUCCGGAAUAAACUAAUAAGAGAUAGAGCGGGAAACCGAGACGGAGCAAGAAGAGACGAAUUGAGUUAAUUUUAUGUGACGCCAUUCCGAGAUGUUCAUGGAUGUGAGAAAAUGAUGAGAAGAAGACGAAGGGAGAGAGCGAGUGAUUAGGAGAGAAAAUAAAAAAGAAAACAAGUGACUCGUUAAAAGAGUAGCAUCAGCAUGGAAAAUCUUUGAAACAUAAAUUUAAAGAAAAAUAUCUUUCUCAAUUACAUUUGCGUCAGCGUGCAUUAGCCGUGAUCAAGGGAAACUGUAAGAGGAUCUACUUUAUACUCCCUUACAUCAUCGCGUUCUUCUUUUCUGUAUGCAUUGCUCGCGAAAAAUCAUUGAUAAGACGGUCUUGAAGAAAAGAACGUUUUCUUCGAGCACGCGGCACACAAGCUUAUUACGCGGAGCCAACAUGUUCGUCGAAACGACCAUUGGACGCGCGGUCGUGUGAACAUAAUUCUGGACGUCGGCAACGCGAUUUUUGUGGAAGUGGAUUAAACGAGAUGUGGAAUAAAAAAAUUAAUUUAUUCAUAUUUAUUUUAACAAGAUUAACAAGGGCUCUGCGAGACGGAAAAAAUGAUUAGUGAAUCGACAAAAGUUUUGUAAGCACAAGCUUCGUAUACGGGAGACAUCAAUCAAGAGACGCGACAGUUUUCCAACUUCAUUGAAAUAAUACACGGAUCAAGGAAACAAUCAAAACAAGUAAAACGAAGAUUGUUUUAAAAUAACCGAAUUUUGAUGAUGUACUCGCAUACGAAGGCGUGCUUAGAAAUCUCUUGACAAUAACAUACUAUAAAAUACAGAUGAAGUGCAGUGUCUGGAAAAAUGCAUAAAAAUAAAAUCCGAAAGUGUGACACAUCGAUCUGCGGAGACCCGUUCAUCUUCCAUCAAGCGGACCUAAGAAUUUAACUAUCUUUCUCACGUUCUUUCGUAUCUUGAUAAACCGGCUGACUGGGAAGUGAAAAAUGGAAUUCAAUAUUUCCCUCGACUUCAAGAAAUCCAUUCCAUUCCAUUCUACUCGGCACCUUCGGGAAGAAACAGCAUGAGCGAGAGAGAGAGUGACGCAAAUCAUCGAUGUAAAAACUUUGGUCUUGCGUCGCCAGAACUCUGAACGUCUUCAAGGAGUAACAAAAUGAGUAAUUUCGUUUCUUCAUUCGAAUAACAUAAGGAAAUUAACAAUGGAUAAUUACGAGAAUGCGACCGAUUUGAAUGAGACAAUUCCAAUGUACUUUGGAAAUGUGUCUAUGAGGGACGACUAUAUCUUCGAUAGGACUGAUGUCAAAGUGAUAUUCAUUACGCUCUAUUCGAUCGUUUUCGUAUGCUGCUUUUUCGGGAAUCUGGUGGUGAUCCUCGUGGUAACAUUUUCACGUCAAUUACGGAGCAUCACAAAUUUUUUCCUCGCUAAUUUGGCGGUUGCUGAUCUCUGUGUUGGAAUUUUCUGCGUGUAUCAAACCCUGACGAACUAUCUAAUGCCGAGUUGGCCAUUAGGCAAUUUUCUGUGUAAAACUUAUAUGUUCGUAAACGCGUUAUCGUACACAGCAAGUAUAAUGAUUUUAGUGGUCGUCUGUACGGAGAGAUAUCUCGCCAUAGUGCAUCCGAUAAAAUGUCGCUCGAUGAGAACGAGAGGACGUUUACGUGCGAUAGUUGGUAUCGUGUGGAUUCUCGCUGCGAUUUACGCAGCUCCUAAAUUUAUAUACGUCGAGACGAUCGUUCAUAAGUUAAAUACCGGAAACAUCGACAUAAUGUGCAUUGCAAAUAUCAAAAAGCACAAUAGGAAUGUUCUCGCUGCGGUGAAUUUGAUACUGCUUUAUCUCUUUCCGUUGAUACUUAUGUGUUGUCUGUACACAAAAAUAGCGGUUGGUCUUUGGAAAAGUGGUGCCGCAUUCGGAAGACCAGGCCUCGUUGCGAGAACACGGAAUGGUAGAGUUCAACAUGUUCACGCCUCCAGUAAAAAUGCACUGCGAGCACGACGAGGAGUCAUCAGAAUGCUGAUUGCCGUGGUAAUAAUGUUCGCAGUAUGUAAUUUACCGCAACAAGCACGCAUAGUAUGGCUACAUUGGGAUCCAAAUUACGACAGCGGCUCUGAUUUCAGUACGAUAUUUACGCUCUCGACGUUUCUCAUAUCGUACAUGAAUUCUUGCCUGAAUCCGUUGCUGUAUGCAUUUCUUUCGCGAAAUUUUCGCAAAGGUAUGCGAGAAUUGUUAAUCUGCAAUAACAGAGGUCCCGGCAGAGGUUUGAGAAUGGGAUGUACAGGAGGUGACAAAGCGCACACUGAGAAUGGUCACAAUACGCACGUGCCUCACAGCUCGGUAGUGCGAUUGAGCUCGGCCCACGAUAGUCCAUCCACGACGCAUACCAUGACGAGACAAAAUACGAUUGGAAAGCCAUCGUGAACUUCGCUAAACGGCCUUAACAUGGCCGAUAUGAAGCCUAGCAUUCUCGACACGAUUGAAUCCCCGUCUGACGAUAAUUAUCAACAGCAACAUCAUUCGAAAACAACGAGAUUGUGAAUAUAUAAUGAUUAAGACAGAAGUUUUUGUGUCUCGAUUUAUACCAAAGAUCACAACUAAAAAAGUCCAAUUUUUUUGUUUCUAAUGAAUCAACGGACAAGGAAAAAUCGUCCACUGAAAUAUAAUCCAUCCGUGUUUCUAUGAACCAGGGUGUAUCGCCAAGAUAUUAAUCAAAUUAUAGUGAUAACUGUGUUACGUUUAAGACUGCAUAUCGUCAGUACAUAUUUCGUUUGCGGGGUUGGAGAUGAACAUCGGUCAUACGUGGACAUCAAAUUGAAAGAUGAAAAAAAAUGGAAAUGCGUUUUUCCGUGAUAUUAAGUUCUUCCCGAAUAAAAAUCAUAUUCUAUCAUACGAUUUUUGGUGGCCACAGACGCCGUGAUACCCGCAGUAUUAUCAUUUAAUAUUGAUAUAUUGACCGAUGCUUUCUCCUAACUACCUCUAAACCGAAUCAUUUGCAUAAUUCAAAAUUGAAUUUUGCAAAUACGAACACGAAUUUAAUGCACACUGCAUCAAAUCUCUUACUAUACUCCGCCUGGUACAAAUGAAAUCUUUGAAAAUGAAGUUUUAGGAAAUUCGUGAAAAUUUCACAAGGUAUCGAGCCAAUUUUCAUGUGGUAAUUUUUAUCAAAAUAAUUUGAUCACCUUUCACUGACGCUGAUCCAUUUAUACAUACGUAUACGAGUGCAGUUACGCUUUCUGUCAAUGACGAAAAUAGACAUAAAUAUCUAUAGAACCGAUAUUUCUAGUGGAAUAAGCAUGUCAAUGACUAUUUGAGCAGCCACGAAUUUAUAAAUAAUGUCCAGUACCGUAUUUUAUUAUUGAUAUUUCAGAAUAUGUGGUGAAUGUUUUCUCGUAUUGUAAUUCAAUUACUACAUUGCAACGAACAAUAGUAUUCGAAUAUAGUGGAAUCCUAAUAAGAACAAAAUAUGUAUAUUGAGUUUUGAAGUUACUUUAUGUGGAAGUACUGGAGAGUUUGAAGAGUGCAAAUAAUUUUACAUUCUCUAAGAUUAAAGGACGAAUUGACGACUGGAAAAUUGUGCCGAAAGAAUUUAACGUUUAUUAAAACACUUUUCGCCUGUGA